AUGGCGGACGCCGAUGAGCGAGUCCGAAUUCCUAGUCCAUCGCCCACUACACAUCGGCGUCGGCUGGUUUCCCCUCUAGGUGAUGGCAGUAGCGAGGAUGCGGGCGGUGGUGGGGAUGACUCUAGUGACGAAGACGCCAAGGGCCGCAGUAAUACCCGCAACUCGUUCCGUCGGGACGAGCCAACCGAGGAGGAGCACCGUGACAUCCGGAAGCUCUUGUCGAUGCCCGAGAUCGACAUCCCCCCGGGACAGCGAAGGGACACGCCGAUUGCCAUGUCUUGCACGCUGAUGGAGCAUCAAAAAGUCUGCCUAACAUGGCUAAUUCAGCAGGAAGAGGACAGUCACAAGAAGGGGGGAAUUCUAGCAGACACCAUGGGUCUGGGCAAGACAAUCCAGGCCCUCGCUCUCAUCCUAGCACGCCCGUCCCCGGACCGCUUCCGCAAGACGACGCUCAUCGUAGCCCCGCUAGCCCUACUGAAGCAAUGGCAGGAGGAAAUCCGGACCAAGGUGAAGCCCGACUAUCAACUGAAAACCUUGAUAUUCCACGGCCCGAAGAAGCGCGGGAUGACGGUUCCUCGACUCCUUAGCUACGACGUUAUUUUGACAACCUACGGAACCGUAGUGUCGGAGCGCAAACGCCUCCGCAACCCAAAGAAACCGUGCAUUCUUCUCGAUCCCCGUACCAUGUUUUAUCGCAUCAUUCUCGACGAAGCGCACUUGAUCAAGAACCGGACUUCCAAGUCAGCCGAUGCCGUGUCUAAAAUCCAGUCGGUCUACAGAUGGUGCAUGACGGGAACCCCAUUCAUGAACCGAACCGGGGAGAUUUUUUCGCUCAUCCGCUUCCUGCGGAUCGCUCCUUACAACGUGUGGGAAGUGUUCACGCGGGACAUCGACCGGCCCAUCCGGAGCGCAGACGAGAACAACAACAAGAUCGGGCUUCAAAAGCUGCAGGCUCUCUUCCGAAGUAUUACCUUGCGAAGGACCAAGCAAAGCAUGCUCGACGGCAAGCCCAUCCUCCGACUGCCCGAGCUCAUCAAGGAGGAGGUCAAGACCGUGUUCGACGAAGACCAGCAGGCGUUCUACGACGCCCUCGAGCACAAGCAGCGGCUUAAGGUGAACGAAUUCAUCAAGGCCGGGACGGUGAUGAAGAAGUACACGUACAUAUUAGUGCUGCUCCUGCGCCUGCGCCAAACUUGCUGCCACCCGCAUCUCAUCCGGGACUUUGGCAUUCCAGACGGUGCACGGCUCGGACCGGACGAAAUGCGGGAACUAGCCCUGCGACUCAACCCAGCGACCGUCGCGAGGCUUAAGGAACAGGAACAAUUCGAGUGUCCGUUCUGCGACGAGGAGACAGCUAGUCCCGUCAUCAUCUACCCCUGCGGCCACACUAUCUGCGGCCACUGCUUCUCCGCCGCGAUGGAGGUCCAGACGAUGCCGGGCGCCGAGGAGGAGUCGGCGUGCCCGCAUCCGGACUGCGACGUCGACAUCGACCCCGAGAUGAUCAUCUGCUGGUCUUACUUCCUGGAAGUGCACGCGCCUGACAGCGCCCACUGGCAGACCGACACAGAAGAGGAUCCGCAGGAGGACCCGGACGGCUUCGAAAGCUGGAGCGACGACAGCGUGGACAAGCGCGGGAAUCUGAAAGGAUUCGUGGUGUCGGACGACGAGGAUGACGAGGGCGAGGACGAUGAGGAUGAAGAUAAAGACGAAGACGAAGAGGAAGAGAAACAAAAUUAUUACGACGGCGUCCGCCACGUGAAGUCCGAGCCAGCCGCGAUUCCCAUCGACGAAGUAUGGAAGGACGUCUCCGACCACAAACGCUCCACGUCGGAAAAUCGGGCGGGGGACUCUGACCUCGGCUCGCUGGCAUCCCUGGAGGACAUCUGGAGACGGGUCGAGGCGAUGAAGAAGAUCAAGGACAAGUUCGCAGAGCCCGGCGACGUCAAAGCCACGCCCGGAUCGGGCCCCACGUCUUCCAAGCGCAAGGCAGCCUCGGAACUGUACGGCGCCGGCAGCAGCAGCAGCAGCAAGCGGAGGCGGGCUAACGACGGGACGCCGACGGCGAUGCUGCCGCGCGGGGGCAGGGAAAGCAAGGCCCGGGGGGCACGAGCGGGACGGGACCACGGGGCAGGGGGUAGGCAGAAUAAUUAUAAGAAGAAGAAGGGUAAGAAGAGAUUCCAGAAGCAGCAGUUCACGUCUCUGGCGGUGCUGAAGAAGCAGGGGACGCGGAGCGCGGGGGCGAAGGCGCGGUACCUGGCGCGGCUGCGGCGGGACUGGGUGCCGAGCGCGAAGAUCAACAAGGCGAUGGAGCUGCUGCGGGAGAUCCGGGGGCGCGGCGGCGGGGGGGCGGCGGGGGCGGCGGGGGAGAAGACGCUGGUGUUCAGCCUAUGGACGUCGUUCCUGGACCUGCUGGAGGUGGCGCUGCAGGCGGAGGGGUUCCGGUACGGGCGGUACGACGGGACGAUGGGGGCGGGGGAGCGGGACGCGGCGGUGCGGGGGUUCAUGGGGGAGCGGGACGGAGGGGGCGCGCAGGUGCUGCUGGUCAGCCUGGCGGCGGGCAACGCCGGCCUCAACCUCACCGCCGCCACGCACGUCAUCCUGCUCGAGCCGUUCUGGAACCCCUACGUCGAGGACCAGGCGGUCGACCGCGCCCACCGCAUCGGCCAGCCCCGCCCCGUCACCGUCCACCGCCUCCUCGUCGCCGGCACCGUCGAGGACCGCAUCCGCGCCCUCCAGGACUCGAAGCGCAGCCUCGUCAACGCCGCGCUGAGCGAGGAGGACGGUCGCAGUAUGGGGCGCCUCUCGCUCGCGCAGCUCAAGGGCUUGUUUGGUAUUCGUUGA